CACCUACCUUAGUACCAGAACUGGUUAACCAGCGCUAAAUCAGCACUAACCACCGUCACUUACCCUUUUUUUUUUCUUUUUUUUUUGGGCCUCCUCUAACUUUUCUUAGUACUUUCACUCUCCACACCUCUCGACCUCUACCCCCCUCCAUUUUUUUUCUUUUUUUUUAAUUUCUUCUUCCUUUCUUUUCUAUAUAUAUAUAUAUUUGAUAUGUUCCAGCGUGACCAAAACUCAUCGCUGUUUUUGGGUGGUGAACGUACCACUGGACAAGAUGUUCGUGCCAGCAAUGUUCUUGCUGCUGCAUCUAUUGCCAACAUCGUCAAGAGUUCUCUCGGACCUGUUGGUCUUGACAAGAUGAUGGUUGAUGAAAUUGGAGAUGUCACUAUUAGUAACGAUGGUGCAACAAUCCUUCAACUUCUCGAAAUCGAACACCCUGCAGGAAAGGUUCUUCUUGAACUUGCUCAGCAGCAGGAUCGUGAAGUUGGCGAUGGUACAACUUCAGUCGUAAUCAUUGCUGCCGAACUUUUGAAGCGUGCCAAUGAACUUGUCAAGAAUAAGAUUCAUCCCACCACCAUCAUUACUGGAUACCGUCUUGCAUCAAAGGAGGCAUGCAAGUUUAUUGCAGGAGAGAUGUCAGUAAAAGUUGAUACCCUCGGUCGCGAAUGUCUUAUUAAUGCUGCAAAGACCUCGAUGAGCUCCAAGAUCAUUGGAUCUGAUUCAGACUUCUUUGCUGAGUUGGCCGUUAAUGCCAUCACAGCCGUGAAGUCUAGCAAUGGACGUGGUGAGACAAAAUACCCUGUCAAGGCUGUCAACAUCCUCAAGGCCCACGGAAAGUCCGGCCGCGAGUCUGUCUUUGUCCGUGGUUAUGCACUCAACUGUACCGUAGCAUCCCAGGCUAUGAAGACCCGCAUCACAAACGCAAAGAUUGCUGUUUUGGACAUGAACCUCCAAAAGGCACGCAUGCACCUUGGUGUUAACAUUGUUGUCGAUGAUCCCGACAAGUUGGAAGAUAUCCGCAAGAGAGAAAUUGGCAUUACCACCGAACGUAUCCAAAAGAUUCUGGCUACUGGCGCAAACGUUAUCUUGACCACAAAGGGUAUUGAUGACAUGUGUCUCAAGUUGUUUGUCGAGGCUGGUGCCAUGGCUGUCCGCCGUUGCAAAAAAGAGGACUUGAAGCGUAUUGCCAAGGCCACCGGUGCAACCUUUAUUUCUUCUUUGGCCAACUUGGAUGGAGAGGAGACCUUUGAGGCUUCUUAUUUGGGUGAAGCCGAGGAAGUCGUCCAGGACCGUAUCUCUGACGACGAGUGCCUCUUGAUCAAGGGUACCAAGAUCCAGAACUCUGCCUCCAUCAUUCUCCGUGGCGCAAACGAUUACAUGCUCGACGAAAUGGAGCGUUCGCUCCACGAUUCCCUCUGCGUUGUUAAGCGCACUCUGGAAAGCAACAGUGUUGUUCCCGGUGGUGGAGCUGUAGAGUCUGCUCUCAGCAUUCACCUCGAGGAUUUCGCUACAAGCAUGAGCUCUCGUGAACAAUUGGCAGUUGCAGAAUUUGCCAAUGCUCUUUUGGUUAUUCCCAAGACCUUGGCUGUCAAUGCCGCAAAGGAUUCCACUGAAUUGGUCUCCAAGCUCCGUGCUUAUCACAACACUGCCCUUGGUCAGGGUGCUGAUCCCAGCAAGCGUGCACUGAAAUACUAUGGUUUGGAGCUUAUUAACGGUGAAGUCCGUGACAACCUCAAGGCUGGUGUUUUGGAGCCUGCUAUGUCCAAGAUCAAGUCUCUUAAGAGUGCUACCGAGGCUGCCAUUGCUAUUUUGAGAAUCGAUGAUUUUAUCAAGGUUGCACCAGAGCAGAGAGGUAACCCUGAUGAUGGCCAUGGUCACUAAAGCAACAACAAAAAGAAGAUUAUGAUAAAAAAAGAAUAAACCAGCAACAACAAACAAAACAACAACAACAGCAACAGCAACAACAAAAAAAUUUUCUAGAAAGAGCGAGUGUGUGAGAGAGAAGAACCAAAAAAAAAGAGAGAAAACAAUAAAUACAUUAAUAAAUAAAUAAAAAUUCCCAUUGUGUGUGUAUUGUGU